UUUCUUCAAACCCACAUUAUUGUUAUUAUGAUGAUAUCAAGAAGCAUUCUAUUCUCUUUGGUUUUCUUGGUUUUCUCUUUUCUCAUCCCUACCUUCAUUUCCUCUUCCCCUGUUCAAGACCCUGAAUUGGUAGUUCAAGAGGUGAAUAGGCAAAUCAAUGCCUCCAUUGCUAGGAGGAGCUUGUUAGUUAGUGAUAGGAGAAACUUAGGGUACCUUUCAUGUGGAAGUGGCAACCCCAUUGAUGAUUGUUGGAGGUGUGAUCCUAAUUGGGAACAGAACAGACAGAAGCUAGCCGAUUGCGCAAUUGGGUUCGGAAAGAACGCAAUUGGCGGCCGGGAUGGUAAGAUUUACGUGGUAGAUGACUCUGGAGAUGAUGAUCCAGUAAACCCUAAACCCGGAACCCUACGCCAUGCAGUGAUUCAGGACGAGCCGUUAUGGAUCAUAUUCGCUAGGGAUAUGGUAAUCACACUGAAAGAAGAAUUAAUUAUGAAUUCUUACAAGACAAUUGAUGGAAGAGGAGCUAGUGUACACAUUGCUAAUGGUCCAUGCAUAACUAUACAAUAUGUGACAAAUGUGAUUAUACAUGGAAUUAACAUACAUGAUUGUAAGCAAGGGGGGAAUGCUAUGGUGCGUGACUCUCCUAGGCACUACGGGUGGAGGACCAUAUCGGACGGCGAUGGCGUGUCGAUCUUCGGUGGGGCCCACAUUUGGGUGGACCAUUGUUCAUUGUCCAAUUGCAAUGAUGGGUUGAUUGAUGCAAUUCAUGGGUCCACAGCAAUCACAAUAUCUAACAAUUACAUGACACACCAUGAUAAGGUUAUGUUGCUUGGUCAUAGUGAUGAAUAUACUCAAGACAAGAACAUGCAAGUCACUAUUGCUUUCAACCACUUUGGUGAAGGUCUUGUUCAAAGAAUGCCAAGGUGUAGGCUUGGAUACUUCCACGUGGUGAAUAAUGACUAUACCCAUUGGGAGAUGUAUGCUAUUGGAGGAAGUGCUAACCCUACCAUUAAUAGCCAAGGAAAUAGAUUUGUUGCACCCAAUGAUAGAUUCAGCAAAGAGGUGACAAAGCAUGAGGAUGCAGCAGAGAGUGAAUGGAAGAAUUGGAAUUGGAGAUCAGAAGGGGACAUGCUUGUUAAUGGUGCAUUCUUCACAGCUUCUGGUGCUGGUGCUUCUUCAAGCUAUGCUAGGGCUUCUAGCCUCAGUGCUAGACCCUCUUCUCUUGUUGCUUCUAUUACUACUUCUUCUGGUGCCCUUCUUUGCAAGAAAGGUUUUCCAUGCUGAUCAUCAUCAUUAUUCUCAACAAUUAAUUCAUCAACCAAAAUUGUUAUUAGUUAAUUAAUUAAGAGUAAAUUGAUAAAUAAAUCCCUGAAAAUUUAUAUUUCGAAUAAAUUAAUCUCUAAAAAAAUAUUAAUAAAUUUUUUAAGAUAGCAGAUGUGGACACACGACUUUUAAAUUAAUCUCUAUAAUUAUGGUAGAAAAUCUUAGUUUGAAUUGACUUGUCCACGUUUGUUAUCCUAAAAAAUUUUAUUGGUAUUUUUUUAAACUAAUUUAUUCAAAAUAUAAAUUUUCAGGGAUUUAUUUAUUAUUUUACUUGUUAAUUAAUUAAUAAUUAAUUUGGUUGCUUACCUUGAUCCAUUAUUAAUAUAUAUACAUGGUAUAUAAUUUCCCAAGAAGCAAAGGAAAUUAUAUAUUAAGAAAAUAUAUAUUUUGUGAAAGAAAAAAAGGGAGGGGAAAUUGAAGAAAAAUGCCUAUAUAUAUGGACAAUUUGGAUUUGGAUAUUUUACUUUUUAUUUGAUUUUCAUAUCCUUCCUUUUUUUUCUUCUUUUUUUGGUUUUUGUUUUUUAGGGUUGUUUUGUAAUGUUUGCUUUCUUUUUUUUCUUUCCUUUUUUGGGUUUUUUGGUAAUUUUGUCAUGAUUACAACCUCCACAUGUUACUCUUAGAACCAAAUGAAUUAGUUUGGAGAAUCUCGAUGGUGUCUAAGAGAAAGAACAAGUGUUGAAGAGUUGAUAUUAUUGUUAUCAUCAUCAUCAUUAUCAAUUAUAAUAUAGUAGAAAAAAUUUCAUC